AUGUGUCGGGAGAUUUUCAGCCGAUUUGGACUACCGUCAGUUUUCGUGAGCGAUCACGGAACACAGUUCACGUCGGAAUCGUUCGAGAAGUUCCUGAAGCAGAAUGGAGUUACGCAUAAGAUGGGUGCACCUUACCAUCCCGCGACGAACGGACAGGCCGAAAGAUACGUGCAAACCUUUAAGCAGAAGCUUAAAGCAAUUCGCUGUCCAAAAUCGAAAUUAGACAUUGAACUUGCCAACAUUCUAAUGACAUACCGAAAGAUGAUCCACCCGGCAACCGGACAAUCACCUUCUAUGAUGAUGUUCGGUAGACAGAUCAAAUCUCGACUAGAUCUAAUGCUGCCAACGAAACCCGAGAAAAGACCAGCUAAUCCCGUUAACCGAGUGUUCUUUGAUGGUGAUAGAGUUCGUGUUCGUGAUUUCUUGUCGACACAGAAAUGGCAGUUUAGACAAGUCGUUUCCAAGUUGGGCAAAAUGCGGUAUUCAGUGCGUUUAGAUGACGGAAGACUGUGGGAAAGACAUGUGGAUCAUAUGGCUGGCGUAGGACCAAAUAUAACUUCAUCUGCUGAUGCCUUCUCAAAAGGUACUGGUCAGGAAUCUGCAAAGUUCUCUUCGUCUACCGUUACAUCCAGUGGUGGUUACUACCACGCAGUGGAUGUGGAACUGCCAGCGGCUGGUAUAUCGUACGCAUCAAGAUCUGAAGCACCUCCUCCGCCUGUUCAACCCGUGGCGAACGGCGGACAUCAAGUCGUGGUAUCGGAAGACGUACCGCCACCCAAUGCAGACCUGGCUCGCUGGCAACCGAUUCGGUCAAGUAGAGUAAUUAAGCCCCCUAACAGGCUAAAUUUUUAA